AUGCAUCAACCAGCGAAGUGGCGAUUUUAUGUGCUUGUUUGCAUUUUUGCCGCUCUGCUUGUAUACCUCAGACGUGAACACCAUCAAUCCUACAUAACAACCGAUUCGAAUGAGUUUGUGAUUGAUGCGAAUAGAAAAAUGACGCGUUCCCAAAUAAAAGAAAUGGCAGAAAAAUAUGGGAAGCCAAAAAUUGUAGAGAAAUCAGUUUGUCUGAACAAUGAAAUGUGUUUCGAUAUAAGAGACCGAUUCAUACACGACGAUAAUAUGUUCCAAUUCCGUCGUCAAAUCAUUGCUGGGAAAAUGGAAAUGUCAAGCAUGCUAUUGAAGCAUCCGGAAAGAUUGAAUGCGAAGAAAAUGGAUACAUUCAACUGGAAAGUGGAUAAGGGAGCACACAAUUUUAAUAGAUACACACUCACAAUGAUAGGAACUGGUGAAGAACAUUUCUCGACAGCUUCUUUUUUUUUGAAGUUUCGUUCACACGAGGAGAUGUUCCUCAGUGGAACGGUAAGGAUGGAUGAGGAGGCGAACGUGAGGGUCCUCUGCUUAGGCCUUGGGGGCGGUUAUGUGAACUCAUACCUACAUCACCACUUCCCUAAGAUGGACAUUACUGUUGUCGAGUUGUACCCAAAAAUGGUUGAAAUCGCAAAGAAAUGGUUUGAUUUGUCACUGGAUAGGAGGCACCACCUAGUAAUGGGAGAUGCUUGGCAAUUCAUCGACACCUCAGUCGAAAAAGGGGAAAUGUACGACAUCGUUCUGCUUGAUGUCUGCUCAUUAGAAGAUGUUUGUCCUGCGGGAAAAGCCAUCAAGAAAGAGACCGCAAAAAAGUUUUCUCUGCUUCUCAACGGCAAAGGUGCCCUCAUUGCGAACGUUUUCAGUAUGUCUAAUGAACCCCUCCAACACGGUCUUCAGCUGAAGACUUCUUACGGCAGUGCCUUUAAAUACUGCUCGUUACGAAAAUCCCCAAACAGCAAUUUGAUCAUGACAUGCACAAAUCAUCCCAGACCGAAAAGUCUAGAAGAAAAGUACGGAGUGUUCAUGAAGUACCCAACGUCACCAGAUCGAAAGCUGCCAAAUGUGGAGUUGGUGUGA